AUGGAGAAACAGGCCCUGCCAGCCUCCUCCUGCUCUCUGGUUCUCCUGGAGGAGACCAAGAAGAACCCCCUCCUCCUGUCUAAUGGCGGCGGCGGUUACCCCCCCGCAGCAGCUAACGGCAGCCUCGUCCCGCUAGCGGCGGCGGGGUCCGGCAGUGCUUGUGCUGGACCGGACAGGAAAGCGGGCGUGGUGACGGGGGCGGGGCCAGGAUACCAGGAGCGAGAGACGUGGACGCGGCAGAUGGACUUCAUCAUGUCCUGCGUGGGCUUCGCUGUCGGACUCGGCAACGUGUGGAGGUUCCCAUACCUGUGCUACAAGAACGGAGGAGCCUUUGCAGAGCUGCAGACGGACAUCCAGGAGCUGACCAACGACAUGGACGGAGUGAAGAUUCCCUUCCUGGAGUAUCGGACCUACACCAUGAGAGUCAUGUUCCCUGGAAUAGAAGAACACCCCGUCCUCAAAGAACUGGACUCUCCAGCCAAUGUAGAGAAAGCUCUGCGUCUGUUCAGCCAGUUACUGAACAACAAGAUGUUCCUGCUGACCUUCAUCCACACGCUGGAGGCUCAGAGGUCGUUCUCCAUGAGAGACCGAGGCAACGUCGCCUCGCUGCUCAUGGCUGCUCUGCAGGGUCGUAUGGAAUAUGCUACAGUGGUGUUAAAGCAGCUGCUGGCCGACCUGAUUGAGAAGAACCUGGAGAACAGAAACCAUCCCAAACUGCUGCUGAGGAGGACAGAGUCUGUAGCUGAGAAGAUGCUGACAAACUGGUUCACCUUCCUGCUGCAUCGAUUCCUCAAGGAGUGUGCAGGUGAGCCUCUCUUCAUGCUGUACUGUGCCAUAAAGCAGCAGAUGGAGAAAGGGCCGAUCGACGCCAUCACCGGAGAGGCUCGCUACUCUUUGAGUGAAGACAAACUCAUCAGACAGCAGAUCGACUACAAACAGCUGACUCUGAUGUGUAUCCCUCCGGAGGGCGAGGCGGGGACGGAGGUGCCAGUGAAGGUGCUGAACUGUGACACGGUGACUCAGGUCAAAGACAAACUGCUGGAUGCCGUUUAUAAAGGAAUCCCGUUCUCUCAAAGACCUCAGGCCGACGACAUGGACCUCGAGUGGCGUCAGGGUCGACUGACCAGGAUCAUCCUGCAGGAUGAAGACGUGACCACCAAGAUAGAGAGCGACUGGAAGAGACUGAACACACUGGCUCACUACCAGGUAACAGACGGCUCCCUGGUGGCGCUGGUCCAGAAGCAGGUUUCCGCCUACAACAUUGCCAACUCCUUCACCUUCACCAGAUCGCUGAGCAGAUACGAGUCGUUACUUCGAACGUCCAGCAGUCCUGACAGUCUGAGAUCCAGAGCUCCGAUGAUCACCCCAGACCAGGAGACAGGGACUAAACUGUGGCACCUGGUGAAGAAUCACGAGCACAGUGAUCAGAGAGAAGGAGACCGAGGCAGCAAGAUGGUUUCUGAGAUCUACCUGACCAGACUGCUGGCUACCAAGGGGACGCUGCAAAAGUUUGUGGACGACCUGUUUGAGACGGUGUUUAGCACCGCCCACCGAGGCUCUGCUCUCCCAUUGGCUAUCAAAUACAUGUUCGACUUCCUGGAUGAGCAAGCCGACAAACGACAGAUCAGCGACCCGGAUGUCCGACACACCUGGAAGAGCAACUGCCUUCCUCUCAGGUUCUGGGUGAACGUCAUAAAGAAUCCUCAGUUUGUGUUUGACAUCCAUAAGAGCAGCAUCACCGACGCCUGUCUGUCGGUCGUCGCUCAGACCUUCAUGGACUCCUGCUCGACGUCCGAACACCGGCUCGGCAAAGACUCUCCGUCAAACAAGCUGCUCUAUGCUAAAGACAUCCCCAACUACAAGAGCUGGGUGGAGAGGUACUACAGGGAUAUUGCCAAGAUGCCCAGCAUCAGUGAUCAGGACAUGGACGCCUACCUGGUGGAACAGUCCCGUCUCCAUGGCAACGAGUUUAACACACUGAGUGCGCUCAGUGAGCUCUACUUCUACAUCAACAAGUACAAGGAAGAGAUCCUGACGGCGUUGGACCGGGAUGGGUACUGUCGCAAACACAAACUGAGGCACAAACUGGAGCAAGCCAUCAACCUGAUGUCUGGGAGCAGCUGAGAGGAGGCAAAGGACGAAUGGACUGAUGGACCGAUGGACUGAUGGAUGGAUGGGGGGAUGGGAAAGAAGAAUGGGGGAUGGGGAAUUGAGGGCAUUUUGUUUUUCUGAACUGUUUUAACAGUCAGCUGAACUGCUCAGUGUUGGACCGAACUGACAGCCACAGCUCCGGCCCUUUACGAAUCAAUCUAUCAGCAAUUUAUUUGUCAAUUGAUUGAUCGAUUGAUUUGAAGACUGAUUAACUGGCUGGCUGGGCCCCAACUACCUCCGUUCGGUUGGUUUUUUGGGGUGGAAAAUCAGUUUCCAAACCGAUUUGGAUACAUUUACGACAUGAAUUCAACGCGUUAUUGCAAAUAAACUAACCUUCUCGAUGCAUCUGUCGGUUUGGAUUUGGAUGUAAAUUCACUGCAGGUGUAAGCAGGGAUCAAAGUAAAGGGGGCGUGGCUGUGGAAUGACCUGAAAACUAGGCUAAAGACUGUGUCAGGUUUCACCAAACAAUGGAUAUGGCGUGAGGACUGAUCGACCUGACUUCAGGAUUUGCAGCCUGGUACGGAUGCUGGGUUGAAGAGCAAAAGGUCAAGUCAAGUUUCCGUCAAAGCUAUGGACUUCACCAUGAAAGGCUUGUUCUGGUCUGAAGGAUCAAGAAACUAAGCUGUGUGUCCGAAAGUCACAGUGAAAUUGCAGCAGACUUGACCUUACCUAAAGAGCCUCAUUGUAGUCUGGACAAAUCCAGGCUGAAUAUUAAAAGGUCAAGUCGAGGCUCAAUGCAGAAAUUCGAAGCCUCUUUACUGAUGUCUUUAUUUUGGCCCCGUUUAUCCUCACCCUGAAUCCUUCGCCUUGUUUGAAAGGAUCCUGAUUAAGACGUUCAGGUCAAGCUUUAAGGAAGGAAGUGUCACAGUCCAUCUUGAACUUGUUUGCGAAGGAUUCAGAAGGUUGUUUCAAGCUUUAAUAAAGGAGAAGGAAGCAAAUAAAUUGAUGUCCCAAAAACUGAUGGCUUGGUCUGACCAUGAAAUCACUGCUUCGUCUCGAAAUAUGUGGAAUCUAGGUGGAAAAUACGGGAACUGAAUGAGCUGAGACAAUUUGACUUGACCUUGGACUGUUCAGCUUCAGCCUCGUCAGGAUCUAGAAGUUUCUAAGUUGCUGUUUUAAAUAACCACUUAAUGUUUUUUCUCUGGACAAUCACUCUGUACCACAGCACACUGAGCCCGAUGCCUACUGACCGACCAGUACCUGUGUCCAUAAACCCGUCCUCUCCUCCCGCCAUCUUUUUUUCCUUUCCUUCCCUCCCCAACUCCUCCAACUUUGCUUUACCCUUGUCCUAAUUUCGUCUAUCUUCCCCUUUUUCCAUACAUUUCCUCUUUCACCCCACUUUUAUUCUUCCCUUCCCCUCAACCCUGCUCCCUCAUUGGUCAGUCAUGCUGGCCUCUGGUCAUCCUAUUGGCCAGGAAGACUCUUUAGUAAUUUACUGCCCGACCAAUCAAGACUGUGGAAUUCACCGGAAUCGUGAAUAAUUAAACAGAAAUGAAUCCAGAAUUACAUUUUGAAUACAUUCCAGCACAGGCACACCGGCAAGGUCUGUAAAUAAGCAGGUUGACUUGCGAUAUUUUCAGAAGCGAAGAACUUCUGAAAGUGGACUGACUGGCAAUUUUCAGGACCAGAACAACCUGGAAAAUGGGGUUCUGGAUUCAGCACCAGUCAGAUCGGUGCAGAUCGCUUUAUCGUCAGACCUUGCACAUACGCCCACAUACAGCCAUGCUUUACAGCGCCAUGCUUACCGUGCCCAGGGGGAAAUACUGUGCAGAGCUACAAGCCCAGUGCCAUGUAAAGACCGGACCGGAUCACGUCAGAACUGGACCGGACUUGGACCAAACCCGGAUCAAAAACAACCUGGAAUGGGGUUUUAACCGGACCGUACUCAAGAACUUUUAAGACUUGUGGCCAUAAUUGUAAACAACAAAAAAAGAAAGAUGAUAAUAAUAAUAAUGAUAAAGUAUAAAAAAGAAUACAAAAA